UAUUUUAACCCAACCUCAAAUUUGGUUCGGACAAAAUUGGCCACAGCAACAACAAAUUUCGUUUUGGUGUAAGCAGCUGACGCAUUCCGAUUUGGUUAUCGGAACGUUGGCAAGUAAUAAAUUUUUGCGUAUAACAGCACAAAUGUGCAUGUAACAGCUCAGACUGUGCUUGUAACAUGCGCUUAACAGAACAUCUGGGUGAGCACAGCUGUUUCCCGCCCAAUUUAAUUCGGACUUCAAAAUGGGAAAGCAUAAAUCAAGAUGAAAUCCUGGUGGGUUUUAUGAAAGACAACCCGGACAGAGCUUUGCGGCGCUCUCAAUGCUGUUGGGCUGCCAAUCAAGGACGCAUUGGGUUGGAAAAAGGUUUGGGCAGAUUGGAAAACAAACAUCCGCAAGAAGAUGGCGAAAAACAAAUCAGAAACUCGAGCUACAGGUGGAGGGCCCUUCGCCCAGCAAUCGCUUGGGGAAUUGGAGGAGGAAGUGGCCAAGCUAUGUGGCCUCUACGAAAUGGUGGAAGGAGUAGGUGGGCCAGCGUAUGGACUUCCCCCCCGUACGACCAAGGAGGCCGACACUGGGGUUAAGUGCGUGAUGGAAGACCCCAUUGAGAAGGAACCCUCAGAGAAGGACGAACCCUCAGAGAAGGAGGAGCCCAUGCCGAAGCGCCGUCGAACUAGACCAGCGCAGACCAUGGACCUCAACGAUCUCUGCGCUGCUCAGCUGGAUGAAAUGUCGGCAAUUUCCAAGAAAAUUUCGGAACAUUUCGAACGAAUGGAAUCGUUAGAGAAGGAGAAGCUCGAGGUCCAAAAGGCGCUUGUAGACAAAUUUAGCCAAAUUUUGGACAAAUUUGCGAAAUAAUUAGUUUCCUAUUAGUUUUUUUGUGAAACUUAGCUUUAUUAGUUAUAAAGAAUAUCGAAUGACAUAAAGAAGAAAACAUGAAAAA